AUGAAUAUCUCUAAAAACCAAUUUGAAAUACCAUCCUCGAGGAAUGAUUACAAAAAUGAUUCUUCAGAUACCAAUAAAGGAAUAACAGAUCAUACAGGAGACUGCAAUGCUGAUGAUUUGAUUUUUAAAAUCGUCGGAGAUUUUGGCAAGUGGCAACUGGGGCUGAGCAUUUACAUGGCUUUGUUGAAGUUACCUCUCGCUUGGUACCAGUUGAAUAUAAUUUUCAUGGCACCGCCUCAGGACUUCUGGUGUGCAAAACCACAGUCAUUCAGAACUUACACCGAUCAAGAAUGGCGAGAUGUUUGUGCUCCUAAAAUGGAAGAACACCCUUGCUUGAUAUUCGAUCCAGAGUUACUGCGACUGGAGCCAGCUGUAAACAAAAUGUUUAUUCCAUUGGUGCCUUGUCCGAAGUUCGUAUACGACACCAGUGUGUUCAGACGGACAAUUACUUCUGAUUGGAACCUUGUGUGCUCUAAGCAUUGGUAUAUUCAUCUUACACAAUGCAUAAUGAUGUGGGGUGUCCUGCUCGGUGGUAUAAUUUUUGGUAUUCUAGCCGAUAAAUAUGGGAGGAAGACACCGCUUAUGAUCGCAAUAACCAUGCAAUGCAUCAUGAGUUACGGCACUAGCGUACUGCCGUCAUAUGGACUGUUCUUGAUAUGCUGGUUCAUUCUAGCCAUUGCCUCUGGCGGUAUUGGUAUUAUAUCUUUCGUUUUAAGCAUGGAGGUUGUGGGUGGCAAAUGGCGGACAAUAAUACCCAUCGUGUACCAAUUGCCUUUCGGACUCGGAAACAGUGUAAUGGCAGUUUUGUCUUACUGGCUCAGAGAUUGGAGGAAGUUGGAGUUUGCUUUGGCAUCGAUUUCUUCAUUUUAUAUGCUCUACUGGAUAUUAAUAACGGAAUCGCCAAAAUGGUUAAUUGCUACAGCACAAAAUGAAAAGGCUCUAGAAGUGUUACGUAGGGCUGCGAAGCAAAAUAACAGGGAAACCUAUUACGAAUAUAUUAAAGAUUCCUUCAUAAUAUGUAAAACUCAAGUGCGAAACGAUCCAGGCUUUAUGGCUUUUAUGAAAUCGGAGAACAUGAGACUCAAAACUAUACUGUUGUCGAUAGAUUGGUUCUGUACCGGACUGGCGUUCUAUACAUUUUCCCAAUAUCUCGGUCUUAUAGGUGGGAAUAUAUUCCUAACAGUAGCAAUAAGUGGAAUAAUAUCCGUUUCCGGUGGGUUAUUCUGUCUCUACAUCGUCACUAGAGUCGGGCGGAAGACGACCGUUUGGAUAUUUCAAAUCAUAACGGCUUUCUGUUUCGUGUUUAUUUUGUGUGUUCGGAAAAAUGCAUUUGCAAACGAUUGGCCGAGGCUACUUUUCGCUGGAUUGGGAUUUGCAGGUUUAUCGGGCACCGUUCCAGCGCUGUAUUUAUUUUCCGGCGAGCUUUUCCCAACUAUAGGCCGCAACUCUGGCGUCGCUGGAGUUACGACGUUUGCACGCAUUGCCGCCAUGACUGCUCCCGCCAUUGUGAGCUUGGACGGCAUUAUGCCAGACCUACCGCUCGUGCUACUGGCUUUGAUGUCGUUCUCCCAAUUAGCUCUGCUAGUUCCACUGCCUGAAACUAAGGACAAGCCGCUACCGGAUACUUUGGCGCAAGCGGAACAUUUUGAUGAAAGGUUAAUACAUACUUACUUCUUCUCUACCUUUGUUCCAUAUUUUCUCACAAAGAAUGUGAAGGUUGACAUCUGUAUGUUAAAAAUCUUUUGUAACAAAAAAAUUCAACUGACUUCAAAAUCACAAAAAUAAACUAAAAAGAGGAACCACGUUAAAGAACCAUCUGAAAAUUCUAAAAGUAUGAUUUAAACGGCUUGAGUUAGUGCAUCACUGGGUUGGCACCGCCUUCAAGGUUAUCAGAAGGUGGCACCUACGAUGUUAUUUUUCGCUUUUUAGUUUAUUUUAGUGA